UUAAAACAUUAAUUAAGUUAUUGUUAAAUUGUAUUAUAAUUAAAAUAAUACUAGUUUUUUUUUCAAUGAAAAGGUAGGACAUUCCCAGAGUGAGCCCUUGUGAGGAGUGAUGACGGGAAAGGGGGGACAUGGAAUCUUCCCAGAGCUAGGGGUGCAUUUUUCCUUUCCUUCUUUUCCCUCCCAAUAUCUAAGGCACUGUGCUUCCUUCCAACCCUCUAGGUAGUCCUUCGGGCCAUGCCAUGGGUGCAGCAGGUGUAUACUAUGUGAUUGUCACAUCCAUCCUCUCCCUUACUCGUGGAAAGAAGAAGCCAACUUUCAGGUUCCGGUGUCUGCAUGUGCUUCUGUGGUUGGGGUUCUGGGCUGUGCAGCUCAAUGUCUGUCUGUCCCGAAUCUAUCUUGCCGCCCAUUUCCCUCAUCAGGUUGUUGCUGGAGUCUUCUCAGGUAUUGCUGUUGCCGAAAUGUUCCGCCAUAUCCAGAGCAUCUACAAUGCCAGUCUCAAGAAGUAUUUUGUGAUCACCUUCUUCCUAUUUAGCUUUGCCAUUGGAUUUUACCUGAUGCUGAAGGGAUUGGGGAUCGACCUCCUGUGGACCCUUGAGAAGGCCAAGAGGUGGUGUGAGAGGCCAGAAUGGGUCCAUAUUGACACCACUCCCUUUGCCAGUCUGCUCAAGAACCUUGGCACCCUCUUUGGCCUGGGCCUGGCCCUCAACUCCAAUAUGUACAAGGAAAGUUGCAAGGGGAAACAGAACAAGCGGCUCCCCUUCCGCCUGUGUUGUAUCGUCGCCUCACUGGUCAUCUUGCAUCUUUUUGAUACUUUCAAACCCCCAUCCCAGGUGGAGAUGCUGUUCUACGUGCUGUCUUUUUGCAAGAGUGCAGCGGUGCCUCUGACAUCGGUUAGCUUUAUCCCUUACUGCUUCUCCCGGAUCCUGGGCCAGUCCGAGAAGAAAUUUUUAUAGUGGAGCUGGGGAUUUGAGGAUUCAGUACAAAUGAAUUGUACCACUUAGGGGGAGUGGUAUUCCCUGAGAGUCCAUGCUGUGGCCGCAGGUUCAGGAGCCAGACCACUGGCUCUCUUCUCAUUAGAAUCCUACAUCCUUCUGUGUGGCGAUCCUUUGAGAGCUAGAGAGGCUUCCGAGAGUCCUGCUAAAUUCCAGAGAUCAUCUCUGACUAAGAGAGACUGUUAGCCCCGGACACUCUCAUGAAGGCACGUUACUUUUAUUCUGUCCAAUCCACAGUCAAAGAACUUCCAGAUGAGACAGGCCUCACCAGUCCUGACUACCAGAGUUCUGGUUGGGGAAACCCACUUGUGAAUUUUUCCAGGAUAUGUCUACUCAUGCUGAGAGAAGGAGGAGGGAACAGAAUGGUGGGGAAAGAAGUAGAGAUUGCGGAGAAUUUCUGAGGAUUCUACAUAUCAUAUACACCCCCAAAAAUCCUAUAACCUGAAUAGCACCAAUUAAUUGGAAUCACCUAAAGAGAAGGAAUUUUCCUAAUGGGGAUCAGCCUGCAAGAAUGACACAUAAGCAGCAAGAGAAGUAAUUUUCCUUAUUUUUUUUUCCUGAAUGGAUAUAUAUGGUCAAUAUACUACUAUUAUCAGUGUUUUUAAAAGCUGAGAUGGGCUAAAAACCCUCCCUAGGUCAUAAUAUCCAGCCCAAUUUUAUUUGCCCUUGAUUACACUUAUUCAUUGUUAGUUUUAAUAAAUGUUCUAUUGAUGCAAGUUUUUUUUUUAAAUCUAGGUUACUUUCUAAUGACUCCCCUUCCCCCAACUUCCUCCUCCAACUUCUACCUCUCCCCUCAAUCCUUCCUCAUAGCAAGGAAGCUUAGUUAAGUAAAACAAACCAACCCAUUGGCCAUGUCUGAAAACAGAGGUCUCAUUCAACCCCACUAGUCCCACCACAAGGAGGAAGAAAGGUAUUUAUUUCACAAUCGGUCCUCUGAAAUAGAGACGGGUCCCUACAAUGGCCACGUCCGAUAACAUUGGGUUGUAUUCUCCCAUGGUACCCCAAGGAGGAGAAAAGGUAUGUUUCACAAUCAGUCCUUUGAAAUAGUGCUGAUAUCUCUCAAUAUUGCUUUUUUUAUAUUAUAGGGGUCAUUAUAUAAAUUAUUCUCUUAUACCCAUUCUUUCUGGGCAUCAUGUUAGCUCACUUUCCUCCUGUUCUCUCCCAGCAGCCCCACCUCAAGUGCAUCAUCUUAUUCCCAGCUCUCUGAAAAAGCAAACCUAUUCUGGUGCUUCUGUAUUUUUAGGUUAAGCUCUAGGAUAGAGGGGGAAAUGGCAAGAAGAGGGCAGCCUUUCCAGCUUCCCAGAAGGUCACUCCAAUGUUACUUUUGAUUCUUGGAGAGCAAAUGUGGCUCCUUCCUCUGGCCCAGGUGGGAAAGGAAAAAAAGUGGGAGGAAACACCAAACUUCUAUUUUCCUACUCUCCAUAAGAGCGUCUCAAAUGAAUUUGCUUACAAAAGUUCAUUUUAAAAAAAUGUUGAAAUCUAUUUAUUUGACAGUCCUUGUAUUUGCUAUCAAUUGCAUAUACUAUAAUAUGAUCCAUACCAAUAGUCCUGGACAUGAUAUCUGUAUAAGAAAAUAUAUAAUAUAUAUAUGUGCUGUAUUUUAUUAAAACAUUUUUAAGAAAAA